GCGAGUUAAUCUCCUCCCAGUUUGCGGGGAGUUUUCUAGCAACUGUUGCCCGGUGAGGCAGCGCCAUAGCCACCGUAGUCGUGGCGACUGUAACCCACCAACAACAAGCUCUCGCUCGCUUCAUCAUUACCACCUCCACCAUCCUCAUACUCACCCGCCGCUCCACAAGCAGGCGCCAUGCAGACCCCUGAGGCAGGCGCUGACUCCACCUCCACCGUCCCUAUUCAGACCACCGUGCCUGUCCAGCCAGCCGGCUCCACCCAGCAGCUGCCUGUCCAGCAACAGGUAAUGCCGUCACACGCCGACAGCCGCAUUCAUUUGCGUCGGGAACUUUCACACGUUUCUUUGGCGAUUGCAUUCCAGACGCAGACUGUUCAACAGGUCCAGCAUGUUUACCCAGCGCAGGUGCAAUACGUGGAGGAAAACAGUGGCGUCUACACUAAUGGCAACAUAAGAAGCUACUCGUACUCUGAACCACAGCUGUACAGCCAGAACAGCGGCGGGAGCUACUUCGACACGCAGGGGGGCUCGUCCCAAGUGUCCACGGUGGUCACCUCCCAUGGCAUGGCUAAUAACGGCGGCGGGGGCAGCGGGGGCAUGAGCAUGGGCCUGGCGGGGGGUCAGGUAAUCGGCAGCAGUUCCGGGGCCUACCUCAUGGACAACACUGGCGCCCACCCUGCUGCCCAGACUGCACGGGCCUCCCCAGCAACUAUUGAAAUGGCGAUUGAGACACUCCAAAAAUCUGAGGGUUUAUCCAGUCAGAGAAGCUCGCUGCUCAACAGCCAUCUGCAGUGGCUGCUGGACAACUACGAAACAGCAGAGGGCGUGAGUCUACCGCGAUCCACCCUCUACAAUCACUACCUGCGCCACUGCCAGGAGCAGAAGCUGGACCCUGUAAACGCAGCCUCCUUCGGCAAACUCAUCCGCUCCAUCUUCAUGGGGCUCCGCACAAGACGCCUCGGAACAAGGGGGAACUCCAAAUAUCAUUACUAUGGUAUACGUGUAAAGCCCGACUCCCCACUCAACAGACUUCAGGAGGACAUGCAGUACAUGGCCCUCAGACAGCAGCCCGUUCAACAGAAACAGAGGUUCAAACCGGUGCAGAAGUUUGACACCAGCCCCACAGAGAACUACUCAGGUGGAGGCCCCAACCAGCCGGGGGCAGCAGAGCAGACCGUCAUCGCACAGAGUCAGCACCACCAGCAGUUCUUGGAUGCGUCGCGGGCACUCCCCAACUUUGCGGAGCUGGACCUCGGGCAGAGCAAUCCGGAGAACAUCAGCCCGGAGGACAUCAAGGCUCUCCAAUCACUUUACAGAGAGCACUGUGAGGCCAUCCUGGACGUGGUCAUCAACCUGCAGUUUAGCCUCAUCGAGAAACUUUGGCAAACAUUCUGGCGUUAUACUCCACCCGACUCUGUAGAGGGCACCACUGUAACAGGAAACAGCAGCGUAAGUGAGAUUGAAGCCCGACUCCCACAGUCGCAGCUGCUGGCGCUGUGCAGACACGAAGCUGUGCUCAAGUGGAUGAGCACCUGCGACCAUCUGAUGUACCAGGCCCUUGUGGAAAUCCUCAUCCCUGAUGUCCUGAGACCCAUUCCCAGUGCCUUGACUCAAGCCAUUCGCAAUUUUGCCAAAAGCCUGGAAAGUUGGCUCAAUAAUGCCAUGAAUGCGAUACCGCAGAGGAUGAUGCAGACCAAGGUUGCCGCUGUUAGUGCCUUUGCGCAAACACUACGCAGAUACACAUCUCUGAACCACCUGGCUCAGGCGGCACGCGCCGUGUUACAGAACACGUCGCAGAUCAACCAGAUGCUGAGCGACCUCAACCGCGUCGACUUUGCCAACGUACAGGAGCAAGCGUCGUGGGUGUGCCAGUGUGAGGAGGGCGUGGUUCAGCACUUGGAGCAGGACUUCAAGGCUACCCUACAGCAGCAAAGCUCUCUGGAGCAGUGGGCGGCUUGGCUCGACAACGUGGUCACGCAAGUUCUGAAGCCCUACGAGCAGCGGCCCACCUUUCCCAAGGCGGCUCGGCAGUUCCUACUCAAGUGGUCCUUCUACAGUUCCAUGGUCAUCAGGGACCUGACCCUGCGCAGUGCCGCAAGCUUCGGCUCUUUUCACUUGAUACGCCUCCUCUACGACGAGUACAUGUUCUACCUGGUGGAGCAUCGGGUGGCCCAAGCUACCGGAGAGACGCCCAUUGGCGUCAUGGGCGAGUUUGACAGCCUGAACAGCCUGUCGCUUACAAACAUCGAUAAAGAUGAAACAAGCGGCAUGGACAGCGAUUUAGACGAGGAGACCGAGGAAUCCGGUGAGCCUGUGGCCAAACGCGAGAAGUCUGAGCACGAGGUGAUCCAGGUGAUCCAGGUGGGCGCCCUGGAGGACGGAUCCCACCCCGUGGUGGGCGUCGUCCAGCCCAGCGUUCUGCACUCGCUGCCGCAGCCCCGCCAGGACCGCGGCGAGCACAUGCUGACCCCCCCGGCCGGCGCCCCCGCCAUCCGCCGCUGCAGCGCCACGGGCAACACGUACGCCUCCGUUUGACUGUGACGUCCGAUCGGUCCCGCUACACCGACGUAUCUGUCAGCUGCCAUGUUUACGUCUGCGUGUCUGUCUGUCUGCACUCGGGUCCGACACUAGAUUGAUGCGGUUUUUCCCGUGACUGUUCUGAAUGCUGCGUCCUCCCUUAAGUGUUUGCAGAAUUUGCCAGAGGAAGAGGACCACGUGAAACACAGGGUCUAAAGAAAAUCGACUUUCUACUACUGAUGUCUAAGAGCUCAAAUGCGGCCCACUGUAUAUAGAUUUACUUCUAAUUAGUACAACCCAAAAUCUCAUGGUGCUAUAAUUGUGUUCUGUUAAGCUUGUUCUGUUAAACUGGAACAAGUUAUCUUGGUGUUUCCCAACCUUAAUUGAGCCACGGCAUGGACACUACCCAUAAAAAGUUAGGAAUAUUCUGGUGAAAUUUCUGGAUGAACCUAAAAUGCGCUAUAACCUUUGCGGGUGAACUUAAUUUGACCUUCUCAAAACCUUUGAAUGCACACGUUGACCUUUGGUUCAGUACUUUGUGCACAACUGAACUGAGCUGAACAGCAAAAUUAACAACAGGUGUUUGACAUGACUUCCAUGCCUUUCUGUGACUCUUCCAGUAUCUCGAUUUACAACCUGCUGAUGCACUCCCAGCUCAGAGUUCCCCUUGAGGACAUCCCGUUUGAAGCCGUGCAAUGAAAUGAGCGACUGUUGCUCAAUUGUGAGGCGUCGUCUCGGUCUCGUCAUAAUGCGGCCAGCGCGAUAAAGAGGACUGUUUAAAUGCCAAUUUGAAUUGAACCAGGAAAUGGUUCGGCCAUUCAUGGAUCAAUCACCUGUUGUGAAUGUUGUGCAAAAAGUAUUGGAAAAUGGUGUGCGUUCAAAACUUUUUAGAGAAGGUCAAAUUAACUUCACCUGUAAAGAUUAUAGUGUGUUUUAGGUUCAUCCUGAAAUUACACCCGAAAACCAAAUCCUGCAGACCCCCCGCUUAUUCGUGGUUCAGCAUUCACAAUUUCACCUAUUGGUGGAUUUUUAUUUAUUUAUUUAUUUAUUUGUACCUACAUCCCAUUAUUUGUGGAAACUCCCACUUAUUUGUGGGUGGCUUUUUUUGCGCCCGAUCCCCUACUUGUUUGCGGAAAACCCUGCUUAUCUGCGCUUUUUUACCCAAUCCCUCACUUAUUUUAGUUUUUUGGGGAAGGAAAAAAAAGCAUGGCAGCUUCUGAUUUUUGCUAAUUGUGAAUAGUGGGAGUCCACUGUAUCCUUAACGUUUUUAGUGAGUACAGUGGACCCUCAUAUUCCCUUUUCAGCAUUCGCAAAUUUACCUGUCAUUGUUUUUUUGGGGGGAAACUAUCCCCCUUUUUUCACAGAAACCCCCACUGAGUCACGUUUUUUUUUUUAACCGAUCCCCCAAUUAAUUUUUUUAUUUUUUUUACCCCAUCGCCUGCUUAUUCACGUUUUUUGUUAGUUUUGUUUUUCAGUUUUUGUUUUGUUUGUUUGUCCCAACCCCUCCCCCCAUGCAAUUAUGAAUGUCAAUUAUUGGCAGAUUUCCACUAUUGGGGUCCCUAUCCUCUGUAAACUGCAGGGGUCAACUGUAGUGUUGUGACACAAGUUAAUUACGUACCUUCUGCCAUCUUUCAGACAAGCAUUCAAUUGUUCUGUCUGUCACUAUAUGUCACUGGCAGAAAUAUAUGAAGAAACAUACAUUAUUUUUUGUAAAUAAUUGUUUCGGACCAAUUCAUUGAAAUUUGAUCAUUUCCCUCGGCACGUUGAGUUUGGGAAUGACCGAGUUAUCUCAACUGACUAUUUUGUAUUGAGGAUUGUAUGUAGCCGUACGUGCGGAGUUUGACCAGCGGUAGCCUUGGUACCACAAGCUGCAUUGUAAAGCUUUUUCGCCGCCAGUGACUGACCCCUCCCCUCUCUUUCCCCUUGAGGAUUAUGUGCGCUGCUGCUACUCUUGUAAAUAGAAUCGAUACCGUUAGGACGACCUGGCUGUACAAACCCCCGCAUCCUCGCCGCUAGCCUAUUAUGCACUGGGAACGUAACGUUUGCCUUUGUCCACGAAAUCAUGAAAUCAGCCUACUGGACACACACGCACCCACCCCCACCCCCCCACCCCCUACCCUCCUUCCUGUUUUUUGCAGUUUUCUGUCUCAAUCAAAUUUCUUGCGAAGGACCAAAAAAAAAUAUGGGAAAAAAAAAUGUCAAAAAAGAAGAGAUGGCCGAGUGCGAGCCAAUAGCUGUUGUGCCAUGUUACAGAGCAGAAGGAAUGUCAGGGAUUUAAUGUACCUCGGCUUUUAUCACAGUGCCUUAUCCUUACGUGCAGCUCUUCUCAGAGUCCGCACAACCCGAGCCGCCACCCCGCUUUUUUAUUCUGUUGGCAUGCUUGCUUUGGUUUGUUGUUCGGCUGCUUCCCCUCCACAGAGAAGGCUUUCUGGUGACUUGAGCUCGGAUUUGGGCUGUUUGGACCGAGGGGACGCGGCCGCAGACGCGCCCUGUUGCUUUGGUCCAGAUUAGCACCGCUAAGCUUUUUGAAUUCUCUCAAUCACAUCACCGCCUUUCGCUCCUGUUCCGGCUCCUUCCUCCCCUCUGCUGUCUCCUGCGGCACUAUACCUGCUUUAGCCACCCCUGUUCCUGCGGUCUCCUGCGGUACCACAUCUCCUUUUUUUGCCACCCUAGUCCAGUUCCUGAUGCGGUACCGCAUUGGUUUUAUCCAGCCUUUACCCUUCUCCUCCAUGUCCCGCGGUACCGGAGUACGGCAACGUCUUUUCCCAACCCAUACUUGUGGCAUCUCCCCAACUCAGUCCCCUGCUCCUACUCCUGUCCUUAAUUUCUGCUCUCAUCCACUUCUGCGUUUCCUUUUGCCUCCCCUGCUCUCACUCCUCCCACCUUCUGCUCACUCCUACCCCCUUACUUCCUGUACUAUACAUGAAUUUGCGUUCACCAUCCACUCACAACUACUCCUGCCCCAAGUCUUGUCGAGGCCUUCGUUCCAGCCUUUGCCAUUUCAAGAGAAGUGUGUGUAAGAACAGGAACGUGUGACUCUUCUCUGCUCUUUUUUUUUUUUUUUAAACGUGUGUUGUUGGAACACAUCCAUCAGUCACCCUACCUCAAGCCAGUGGUGCCAGCCCCCUAACCCGUAACCCUCCCAACACCUGCAGCACAGUCUGUCCAAACCUUAUCGCAAACGCACAAAAACACACAAAAGCGUUGCCACGGUACUGCACAGAGAAAAACCUGCUUUUUGCUUUUCUCGCACCGCUGAUACAUUUUUAUCCCCCGUUUUUACACCCAUCAAACACCCCCGAAGCCCACGCCUCUUUGGUCAUCUUUGUACAGUAUGGACCAAAAGUAGAUAUUUUCUGAUAUUCAAAGAAAUAUAUGAAUAAUAUAGACACACAUAUAUAUAUAUAUCUAUAUAUAUAUAUAUAUGUAUAGUAUAUAUACAAUGCUUCUACACUACAUUGACGUGUGGCUUUCUGAUUGUGGCUGUUCCCAAGGUAGCUGUGUGAAGUAGACUUAAAAGGGAAAAAGGCACGUGGACUGUACCAUCUAUACUUGAACUGUUAAAAGCCUUUGUGGACACUACUGAGAUUAAUCCUCCUUUAUAGGAAACCCCUUUUAUUUUGGUCUGGACCACUUAUCUGUAUUAAUGUUUAUUUAUUGAUAUUUAUUGUGUUUGGCUUGGUACCACACAGUCCAUGGUAUAGUUAAGGAAUGAUAAUUCCACAAAAUUGCAAAACUACUGUAACACAAAGACCCGAUGUAACGACUUUUGUUGACUUGUUUAGUUGGAAACUGCUGUAAUUGGUGGAAGGGUUUCAAAAAAUGAAUCAGAUAGGACUGCACUGGAGGUUUGCCUUAGUCAAAAGUUUUUAGGGGGUACUUUCAGUGGUUUCAAUGUAAAUCUGAACUCCCGCUUGUAUAAAUCCACAACACGUCGAUGAUGAACUUGUAUUUGUGCCUAACGAGGGGGGGGGAGGGGGGGGGGGGCUUUGCUCUCUUCAAAUCGUAUGGAUGUGUUUUGGGAUCAUAAGUGCUUUCUGGUCUGUGCUGCUCGAAACUUUUUUUGUUUUAUUUGUUUUUAAUACACUUUAGUGCCAGACGGUGAUUUUUAUUUCAGCAUCUGUCGGAGUGACGCUAAUGCUGCCAACACAACUCGCUUUUUUUUUUUGUGUGUUACCACUAAAAAUGUUUCUGUAAGAGCUGAGGAUUCUCAAGCAGAAAACGCAUUAAAAAAAAAAAAAAACUGACAACAGGCAGCUUCACUUAACCCUCAGCAAGACUCCAGUGCCUUUAACUCGGCCCCACCCUAAGCCUGACAGAUGGACGCCAUCGAGACAUUUUGUUGAGACGACGUGGGGCUGAGGCAGCAUGGGAUUAUUAUUUAUUAUUAGUUCAUGGGUGCGGUAGAUGAUGCUUCUUUUUAAUUAAUUGUACAGAACUAUCAACAGAAGUCACUGUUAGUAAACUUUUGUUGUUAUUGUUGGUUUACUUAUUCCUCAUGAUGGUGAGGGGUUUUUUUUUUGGGGGGGGGGGGGUGCUGUGAUUUGUAUUUGGAUGUUUUCAAGUGCCAUCGGACCGUCUUAGUGAGUUCAUCUGUAGCACGCUGAAAUGCAAGCACAAGCAUUUUGGCAGGAGGCGUUUUCAGUUUUUUCUCAAUUCAGCCAAAAUUGAAAAGAAAAAUGUAAAUAUCCCCAAGUGAAGGUAUAUUUAUUUGUCCUGAUUAUUAGAAUUUUGGGGGGGAGGCUACAGUGUGUCCCCACCCUUCUUCUUUUGAUGUAUAAUAUCUAAUAUGUCCACACAAUUUCCAUGUGUUUCUUUCUGUGUUGUUGGUUUUUCCUCAUAUAUCUUUUCAACUUGGAGAGCGUGUAUGGUGAUUUGUAUUGUAUUUUGCAUAAAAACAAGGACGACCGGGGGACUUUUAUAUUUAUAAAGACAUUGAUUUAGUGUGUCGUAUUGCAGAAGAUAGAAACCUAAAAAGACACAUGUAGUUAGUUUUUUCUGAAUAUUUCAGAUCUCAGCUCAGGCUAGCUUCUUAGUGUUCCCCCUGACCCCCAACUACAAUUUUGUGACUUUGUCUUGGCGGUAAUAAACGUUUUCUUGUCCAA